AAUGUCUUCUGAUGAUCGCUGGUCUGCAGAGGAAGAUGACAGUCAAGUCUCUAAACUGACACGGAAAGCUAGAGACUCUCCAUUUGUUCCUGUAGGGAUGGCAGGCUUUGUUGCUGUCGUGGGCUAUGGUCUCUACAAGCUGAAACACAGAGGAGAUCAGAAAAUGUCAGUCCAUCUCAUUCACAUGAGAGUUGCAGCACAAGGCUUUGUCGUAGGAGCAAUAACAAUAGGUGUUCUCUUCUCUAUGUAUAAGGAUUACGUUAAACCUCAGUUCAAGAAUGGGGCCAAAAAGUGAACCAACUCCAUAGGAGCAAG